CAGUUGGUGGGUUUUGAAUAUUUUUGUUGUUUCGUGUGUAAAACAAUUACAUUGAACUCAAAAAAAAAAAAGAUUUCUCUCUCGGAGCUUCAAUGGAAGUAAGCUAGAUUCUCUAAUAUUUCUCCAAUACAAACAUAUAGUUCAAAUUUGAUAACUCUUUUUAUUUCUCAGUCCAACAAAACCCCAAGAAAACCUUUAGGAUAAUUCUCAUCCAUCUCAUUUCUACUUGAAUCUUUAAAAUUUUCGAAAAUGGUUCAGAGAAAGCAACCAGGCAAACUUUCUACCCCAAUCGAAACCAAGAAGAGUUUUGUUAAAUCCGACAAGCGAUCCACCACAAACAAGCCGUUGGUUUCGUCUGCUUAUUCUUCUCAAAAUCAAGAUGUCAGAAACAAAGGAGGAACUGAUUUGAAGAAGAAACUGAAAAAGUCUAGAUCAUUAAAGCUUUUGGAUUUAGAAAACAUAGAAUCAUCAUCUCCUAUAAAAGAGAAAGACAAAUUUAAAAAUUGUAUCCAGUCUCCUGCAGUUGAUCUACUAAAAACACCUACCAAGGUAUCAUCACCAGCUGCAACCAAGGUAUUGGAAACUUCGCCGAAUUACAUGAAGUCUACUAGUAGUUCUAAUGCGAGGAAAGAAUGUUCACCGGUAAGUUCUUCACGCAGUUCACAAACUGUUUUUGAUAGUAGAAAUCAGAAGAGAAGAAAUUCAAACAAUUCCAAAUCUUCUUCUUUGUUUCCUUCUCCUUCUGGUGAAAAACCAGGGAGAAGUUUAACAAAGAGUAAUAGCUUGAAACCAGUAAGAACUUUAACAAAGACCACUAGUACAAAAGCAGGGAAGCCAAAGAAGAGUUCUACUGCUGUUCUGAAUCAAAAUAUAAACAUGAGUAGAGCUACCUGUUCCUCGACUUUAAAGGAUUCGAAGUUCCCGAAUUAUUUGAUGAUUAAUCCAGGAAGAAGUGAAUCAGAAGGAACAUCGGUUAUGAAGGUUUGCCCAUACACGUAUUGUUCUCUUAAUGGUCACCACCAUGCUCCCUCACCUCCCUUGAAGUGCUUCUUGUCUGCAAAGAGACGUUUGCUGAGAACCCAGAGGAGUUUGAGAUUGAAAUCCUUAUCCCCAGGUGGCACAAAACGACCUACCAAAGCCAAGAAAGAAACUGCUUCUGGUCAACUGGAUUUCGAAGGAGACUCUUCAACCAUAAAAACAGAUUCCGUACAAGAAACAGGGAUGAAUUUCUUUGUAGAAAUCUAUGCUAAACCGAGAGAGACUGUUGAUCGAAGAAGCAACCAUGAUGGGGAAGCAGAACAAAUAUACGGUACUACAACAUCUGAAGCCCAAAAUGGGUUCUUAAAAUCAAUUAGAGAUGGAGCUGAAGCAGAAAUUAAUUGUGAUUGCUGUUGUAUUGAGACAAAUAAAUCAGGGAGCACGGUCCUGGUAGAGUCUGAAUCGGAUGAAGUAGUUGUUCAAACAUCAUCAGAAUUGAUCUGGGAAGAAGGGGAAGUUGUUACUCAACUUUUCACUGAAGAGGUUGCUUCUCCCAACCUAACUAAUGAAGAUAUGCUGCAAAAAACUUCUCAAGAAAAUAUUGAAGGUUCAGAUACGGAAACUGCUGAUUUUGAAUCAUACGAAGCAUAUCUAAUUUUGGAACUUGAUGUAUGCCAGGAUCAGCUUUUUCUUGCAGAAGAUACGCCUGAGGAUCAGAUUCACAAAGAUAAAGAAUCUCAUCUGGAUCAUUUCUUCAGUGGCACAAUCUCAAAAUCUUCUGUUGACAAACCAUGUGAGGAACUACCAGCAUCUACUGGUGAAAAGAACGGAGUGCCAGAUGUGGAAAAUGAUUUCUUCCAGGAGAAUUUUCAACUAGGAGACCACGAAGUCCCCUUCCGUGCUGAGGUAAUCGAUGUGAACCCAAACGAAGAAGAGGAAAUCAAUUGCUUUGAGGAUGAUGCUCUAAUUGAUCACAGUCCGAGUUAUCAAAUUGCAGAUCUUAAUGCAGAAAUUGGUCAGCAACCAGCACCAGGUGAACCUUAUACAGAACUUGAUGUAUGCAAGGAUCAACUUUCUUUUGCAGAAGAUACAGCCGAGGAACAAAUACACACAGAUAAAGAAUCUCAUCUAGAUCAUUGCCUCAGUGACACAAUCUCUGAAUCUUCUGACAAGCCACAUGAGGAACUACCACCAGCUACUGGUGAAAAGAACGGAGUUUCAGACAUGGAAAAUGACUUCUUCCAGGAGAAUUUUCAACUAGGAGACCAUGAAGUCCCCUGUCGUGCUGAUGUAAUCGAUGUGAACCUAAACGAAGAAGAGGAAAACGCUUGCUAUGAAGAUGAUGCUCUCAUCGAUCAAAGUUCGAGUUCUCAAAAUACAGAUCUUAAUGCAGAAAUUGGUCAGGAACCAGCUCCAAGUGAACCUUAUGUAGACCAAUUACUUCUUGCCGCAGAUUCUGAAGUUGGAGACGAAGAGGAGGGACCAAUUGACAAAAUUAAUAUAGAGAUCGAGGUAUGCCCAACCGAGUCACCACAACAAGAUGAUAAAUGUGGUGUAAAUGUUGAACAUCCUCUUCUUCUUAAUGAUCAAUCAAGUAUCAACGGCAUAGCAGAGAACAAGGAGCACACAAACAAAGAUAAGGGUGAAAAAAUGGAUCAUAACAGUGCAGGAUUUAAACAUGCGGAAGAACACAAUGAUCUCGAAAAUUACAAUCUCAAUUGCAUUGAACCUGGAAUGAUUGAGAACAUUCAAGCGCAAGAACAGAAAGUGGAAACAGAUGCAACAGAAACAACCCCUUGCAAGAGUAACUCCGACGACUCAGUGGCACAAACAUCAAUCAUGAAUGCAAGAAAGAAAUCUCACCCAGAAGUGACGGAGAUAAGUUGCAACAACCUAAAGAUAACAAUUGGAUGCAGGAAGAAUUUCGAGGAAAGUGAGGAACUGAAGGAUUUCAAUCCACGUGAUCCGAAUUAUCUACCUGUAGAGCCUGAACCAGAGGCAGAAACGGUUGAUCUUAAGCAACAAAUGAUGGAUGAAAGGAAAAAUGCAGAGGAGUGGAUGGUUGAUUUUGCACUUCGAAGAGCUGUCACUGAACUUGCUCCUGCGCGGAAGAGAAGAGUAGCACUACUUGUGGAAGCUUUUGAAACGGUCACACCACAAACUAAACGUGAAAGCCUUGUGCAACAUGUGAUGCCAGCAUUCGCUCAUGCGAGACCAAUGCAAGCUUGUAUCUAAUGGUGAUAAUCAAGUGUGCUAGGUUUCAGGACUCAAGUAGAGGUUCAAUAUUUCGACUAACUUGCUGUUUCUCAUGCUCCGAGAGUCUCUUCACACAUGGAAGAUUAUGCAAUUUAUGCAAAGUGAUGGUGUAAUCUCCACUGAGCAGUAAUCAGCAGAACUUUUAUGGUAUUUGGACAUUUAAAGUUCUUUGUAAGAAAAAUAAACUGUGUGCUAUGUAGUUGAACUUGUUCAUGGGGUCGGUAUCCAUCAUGCAAUAUUGUGAUGGAUAUUUUUAUCCCCAAAUAUCGGUAUUUUAUCGGAUAUUUUUAUCCCCAAAUAUCGGUAUUUUAUAUGUAGUAUUUGUAUGUUAUGUAUUUUUAUCUAACUAUUAGAAGUAACCAAAUCUCUAGUUUGCUUCUGUUUCCUA